GACACACACCCUUUCACUUGAACCCUGUCCUUCAUUAAGAUACACAUCUUUUUUGUCACAGAGCUCAAAACUGAAAACACUUUUCUAAACUGCAAUACUAGCAGUACUAUUACCAAAUACUCCAGUACCGCAAGAAAUAUUGUUAAAAUAUCUUCAAAAAUAUUUUUUUUGGGGCUAUCAUGGCAACCUGCGCACAGCUCGAGGACCUUAAAAGGACCCUUCUGGAGGUCCGAAACCAAAAGGAGGAGUUGGUCUCAGUUAAUGCUGGCCUGGUGGAGGAGAAGGGGGAAAUCCUCAAGGCUCUACAGUCAGAAAAAUCCAUGAGGAAAAACCAGAAGAAGGAGAUGAUCCAGAGCAAGGCCAAGUGGCAAAAAAAAGUGUCGGCUCUGGAAGAUAGGGUGAGGAGCGAGAGGGCUGCAAAGGAGGAGAUCUCCGAGAUAGAGGAGGAGCUGGAAAGGAUGAGCAGAGAGACGGAGGCCGAGUGGGACAGCAGGGAGGCUCAAAUGAAGGAAGAGAUGAAGAUCCUCCAGCAGCAAAACAAAAUCCUCAAGGCUCUACAGUCCGAAAGAUCAGAGUUAAACCGGUUCAAUGGAUCCAUUAAAGAGGAGGACAAGAGCAGGAGACAGGCCUGGCAGGACGAGGUCAACGGCCUUAAAUUGAAAAAUAAGGAUCUGACGAUGAAAACUGAGGAUCUGACAAUGGAAACCGAGGAUCUGACAAUGAAAAACGAGUAUCUGAUGAAGAAAAAUAAGGAUAUGACGAUGAAAAUUAAGAAUUUAAUGGAGUUAGACCGACUUUGGGAAAAAAGCUUAAUUGUGAAAACGCAGCAGGAAGUCAUCGAGCUCAAAAUUGCACAAGAAGCCUACGACAAGGAGUUGAGCCGGGUCGUUGUGGAAAAGGACGACCAGAUCAACAAGAUAUUAACCGAAAAUAAGGCGCUGGAAACUGAGACGUCGGCGUGUGUCGCCAAGCUAGAAAAGAUAGAGAGCGAGAUGAUCCAGAGCAAGGCCAAGUGGCAAAUAAAAGUGGCAGCUCUGGAAGAUCAGGUGCAGCGUGAGACAGCUGCAAAGGAGGAGAUCUCCGAGAUAGCGGAGGAGCUGGAAAGGAAGAACAGAGCGAUGGAGGCCGAGUGGGACAGCAAGGUGGCUCAAAUGGAGGAAAACGUGAAGAUCCUCCAACAGCAAAACAACAACCUCAGCCUCAGUCUGACGGAGCUGCAGAAGAAGAACAGGGAGACGGAGAACGAGUGGCACCUCAAGGUGGCUCAAAGGAAGGAAGAGAUGGAGAACCUCACCCGGCAAAACACCGAACUCGGCCUCAGUCUGACGGAGCUGCAGAAGAAGAACAGAGUGACGGAGAACGAGUGGCACCUCAAGGUGGCUCAAAGGGAGGAAGAGAUGGAGAACCUCACCCGGCAAAACACCGAGCUCCGGGUUCUUCAAAUCAGCCUCCAGGAGCUCGCCCAGAAAACCGACAAGGAGAAGGCCAAGAUGAAAAGAAAGGAAAAGAUGGCAAAGGAGGAGGAGUUAAAAAGACAGAGGAAAGAAAAGGAGGAGAUGGAGAAGAGAGACAAGAAGGAGAGGAAGGAGGAAGCAGAGAGAGAGAAGAAAAUGAAAAAGGAAAAUGAGAAGAGAGAGAUGGAGGAAUUGAAACGACUGAAAAAAGAAGAAGAGGAGAAGGAGAAGAGAGACAAGAAAGAGAGGAAGGAGGAAGCAGAGAGAGAGAAGAAGGUGAAAAUGGAAAAUGAGAAGAGGGAGAAGGAGGAAUUGAAGCGACUGAAAAAAGAAGAGAAGGAGAAGAGAGACAAGAUAGAGAGGAAGGAGGAAUUGAAUUCCCCACCUAUCACCCUCAGCCGCUAGACUUUACUCUAAAGUCUGGGAUAAAGUCUUGUGUGAACUGGACAUUAUCCAUCCAUCCAUCCAUCCAUCCAUCCAUCCAUCCAUCCAUCCAUCCAUCCAUCCAUCCAUCCAUCCAUCCAUCCAUCCAUCCUCUUCUGAGGAGACAGGGCAGUACUCCGGGGGAUCCGGUUUAUUGCCGUACUCCAAAGACCUGCAGGUUCAGCUGUAGAAGUGGAGGGUGACUCCGGGUGAUCCGGUAGUCCUGACACAACAGAUAC